CUGACAGAUCGAACAACAAGGUUAAAAUAUUUAGAUUAUCCCGAAGUUUUAGAAUACUGUGCCUAGUCAAGUUAAAUUUAUUUGCUAAAUGUAUAAAGAAUAAUAGGCUUAGCAAAACACCCGCAUGAUGGGCAAUGAGGGUUCACAACUAAGUGGUUUGGAGAUUGAAGAGAAGGCGACUGAGAUUACAGACUUUUGGGCCCAUUAUAGAGCGACUAUAAACGACAGUUGUAGUUAUUUUAGCUUAAAAAGUGAUGGUUCCGUGUCUGUGUUCAAAGGGGAAACGGUAUCGGGACCGCUAUGGACAGUGUCAACACCUCUGGAGAAAUUCUCUAAUAACUUGUUGAAGUACAGACACCCAUGUAUCUUGCGCUAUGUGUCAGCAUGGCAGCAGAGAUCCACCAUUUACCUGGCCACAGAGUAUGUGCAGCCACUCACACAGGUGCUGGGAUCCCUGACUCCACUCCAGAUAUGCAUCGGCUUGAAUAACAUCCUGAGAGCAUUAGUAUUUUUACAUCAACAGGCUGGAAUGUCUCACAACAAUGUUAGUAUGCAAGCCAUCUACGUCACUGGCGAUGGGCAAUGGAAACUUGGUGGCUUGGAGUAUCUUUGCUCGUUCCAAGAGCUUACAGCUGCUUAUUUAAAGCAUGCUCGCAUACACAGAUAUGACAAGGCUGUAGACCCUAAUGAGGAUUCUCAAGAGGUUACAAAGAAUGUGGACCAGUAUGGGUUCGCUGCCCUUGUGGAUGAUGUGUUUGCUGGUCAUGAAGAUGAUCAGGUGCCCCAUUUGAAAGACUUCAAACAUUACUGCAGAAAUAGUCUUCAAAACAAUAACCCGGAGAUGCGACCUAGUCUCUCCGAAGUCCUUCAACACAGCUUUUUUAAUCACGAAUUUAUAUCUAUUUAUAAAUUCCUUAAUUUCCUACCCUUAAAAAGUGAAGAAGAAAGGAGCGAAUUCUUUUCUACCAUUUUGGAGACACUUAAAUGCUAUCACGAAGAAACUGUUGCGAAGCAAUUGGGUGGUCUACUACUUUCUAGAUUAACUAUGUUGGACCAAACAGCUAGGAAAGAUGUAAUACCAUUCAUCUUAAAACCUAAACAUGAUCGGUCACAGAAUUGUGAAUACCCUGGAUUUUUCAGUAUUAGCGUGUUUAAAGAACACGUCAAACCAAGACUUAUGCAGUUGUUUGGAGUUCGGGACAGCCAAAUACGAACAUUGCUGCUAACACAUUUUUCCAAAUACGUUCAUGUGUUUUCACAUGAGGAACUUUCACAACACAUACUUCCAGAGUUGCUCCUCGGAAUCAAAGAUACAGAUGACAACUUGGUAGCUUCAACUCUUGUUUGCCUGAGUGAACUAGUGCCUAUAUUAGGAGCUAGCACAGUUAUAGGCGGCAAGAGGUCCAAAUACUUUACCGACGGGCGCCCCAACUCAAAGAGCAGCCCGCAUGUGCCGCCGCUCGCCCGGGCCCAUGACAACACUUUUGCACAAAGGAAGUCUCUCAAAGACUUGUCAUGUUCAGAAGAAAUGUUCAAACAAAACCGUGCUUGUCGUGACAAGUCUGAGGUUUUCGAAACUGAGAACAUCUCACAUUUGAUUGAAAGGCCUUCACCAGUGGGGGGCGAGUCAGUAGAAAUAGAAACUGUAAGAAUAAACACACAUGUAGCGGAGGCAAGUGAAGACGAUUGGAGCGACUGGGACAACAGUAAUAACCCUAAAAACGUUGUAUUUAAUCAUCCAGAUAUCAAACAGUUUGAGGACAUCCCUCUAGACGUUGAGAGUGAAGCCAAAAUACCAAAACCAUUGGUUAAAUCUUCACUUCUACAAAAAGCUGCAAUACAAGCAAAGAAAAACAUAAUUGACAUUUCAGAGUUGGACAUAAAAAAUCAAAAAUUCGAGAAUAUAAAGAAAGCUGCGGAUGAGUUUGACUUCUUUGCGGAUAUGACGCCCGUGAUAGAAAAGGCAACUAUGAGUGCCGUGGCGGUGGACAGUCUCGUGGCGAGCAGCAAGCUGGACUUCGUCCCGGACGACGGCGCCGACGAGACCGAGGGCUGGGACAACUGGAAUGACUAGAAUCCUUGUAAGUUCACUUGACGCAAAUUUGAGGAGACUAAGGGCCAGUUGCAUCAACUACAGAAGUCUAAAGAAAUUCCCAUAUAAAAAUUUUGCGGACGCUAAAUUCGGCAACCGACCCUAAAGUGACAGACGUCAUAUUUCCACAGAAAUUGGACAUUAAUGUUGAAAAUCUGCCUCUUGGUCAGUGGUUAUAUGGUUAUAAAUUAUAAUUGAAACAAAAGCAUUCGGUAGAGUGUUUAUUGAAUGAGACAAAUUGGUACAAGCUAUAUCAAUCAUGAUGAACUGUUCAUUUAUUUCCUAGAUGAAUUGUACAUAAUUAUGUAUUAUAGAAUAUUAAGGUGGAAACAGAAGAGGCAAUCUGGAUAGACAUAUUGGUACCUAUUCGUUAAAGUAUUUAUUAUUGUUUUUAUAUAUACCUAUAUAUUUAUAAACUAUUCGUGAUAGUAGAAAGUGGCAUGUAAGUUAGCAGUGAUUGUAGGACAAUUCCUAAUAAAAUUUUAAUGAGGAAUCAUGUUUAACAUUAAGUCUCACACUAUUGUAUUUAGAAGUGUCAUCAAGAGUAUCGUUUCGGUAAAAUUAACUUGAAAUCUUUACAAGCUUUAUAUACACGUAUAUAAGACUCAAAUUUUGUUACACCGACAAUGAUGUUAUUCAAAAAAGAAAUGUUACAUAAAAUACAAUUUUAGCGAAUGUAGAUUAAUAAUAAAUAUUGCGCGAAGAUAAACAAAUUGUCAUAAUGCAAAAGCAGCUCUCGGAAUGCUAAAUUGUGGAAUUGAACUUGUAGUAUAUAUUAGUAAUACUUUUAACAAGCUUGAAGGCACAUUUAUACCUAUAUAUUGUGGAGCAUGUAUGUACACUAAAAGUACAGUGCGCGUACACAUAUCUACACCAUAUCUCGUAAAGUACAACUUGAUUUUUUGCCUCAUGUCUCAUAUACGAGUAUAUUUAACCAUUGAACUAUCUUUUCAUGCAGUAGGUAUUGAUUAAAUGUACAAUAUUGGCUUGUAUACCUACUCUAGGAAAUGUAUCUCCCGCUUAUUUUAGGGUAUUUUCGGAAAUGGAUAAUUUCUGAAACUGCACAUAUCUAAGAAUCCAUUAGGAUCUUUGAAAAUUGUAGUCAAGUAUGUCAAUGAAACACUUGUACAGAUUUUCUAACUGACAUUCCUUGCUGACACUGACCGUGUUAAAAAGCCAUACGAUAAUUGUCAAAAGUGAAAAAUAGCCCAAGGGUCAGUGUAGUGUCAUAUUAUUUAUAAUGUACACUUCAUAAAUGAUUGCUACUUACA